GAGUUCUGUUGUCAUUUUAUGUAAAUGAAGCAAAUUCGCUGAUAGAUCUAAAGGGGCCUCAGUAAGCAGAAUGUGACUCUGGAGCUCUGGCCCCGUCUCCUGGACUGCUACUGCUGCUGCUGCUCACUGUGCAAGCAGAGUCAGACUCAGAGGUCUGGAAUAUCUGUUCCGUGACUUGUAGAGAGAGAGAGAGAGAGAGAGAGAGAGAGAGGAGAGGAGGGGAAAGAAAAGAGGAGGGGGGCUCAAGAGGAGAGGAGUGUAAUAGGAAACCAGUCCACCCUUCUUUCUCUCAAUCUUCUCAACCUCUCUCCUUCCCUGUCCCGCAGUCAGCUGGUUGGAAUAACACCUCGCUUCACUCUUGCUGGGGAAGUCCAUGCAACACUACGUCUGAGACUACAGCACUCACCCACUCCCUGCUCAGUGAGGACAGCACGGCUGGGAAGCCUCAGAAGGUGGGCUGGUCUGGGUGUCUCCUCAGCAGUCAUGGGGAGGUCAGGAGCGCUCUGGGUUUGGUUGCUUGGGACAAGCAUGCAGUUGUUACUUCCCCUCGUCCUCUGUGUCACCUGCAUCCAUGGUCUUUUUCCACCACAGCCACGGGUCUUCCUGUCAUUUCAAGAAUUAAAGAAAAUCCAGUCCUUUGAGCACUACACUUUGUCUGAGAAAGCCAUGGACUAUAGGAUCCUCUUCAUGGACGAAGAUCAAGACCGUAUGUACGUGGGCUGCAAAGACCAUGCACUCUCGAUGGACAUCAAUAACAUCAGCCAGACCCCGCUGAAGAUCUUCUGGCCGGCAUCCACUAGUAAGAUCGAGGAGUGUCAGAUGGCUGGCAAAGACCCCACACAUGGAUGUGGAAACUUCUUACGAUUGAUUCAGCCUUAUAACAGGACUCAUCUGUUCAUCUGCGGCAGUGGAGCCUACAGCCCAGUGUGUGCAUAUGUUAACCGUGGCAGGCGUCCUGAGGAGCAAGUCUUCCAAAUCUCUUCCCGAGCAGAAUCAGGGAAAGGAAGAUGCUCGUUUAACCCACAAGUCAACACCAUCUCAGUCAUGCUCAAUCAGGAGCUGUUCUCUGGCAUGUACAUUGACUUCAUGGGGACAGACGCGGCAAUCUUCAGGAGCCUGACCACAAGGAACGCAGUGAGGACGGACCAACAUAACUCCAAAUGGCUGAGCGAGCCAGUGUUCAUCGAUGCACACUUGAUUCCUGAUGGUUCAGACCCAAACGACGCCAAACUUUACUUCUUCCUGCGUGAGAGACUGACAGACAGUAGUGGAAACACUAAGAACAUCCACGCUAUGGUGGCUCGAGUCUGCCCUAAUGACACUGGUGGUCAACGCAGUCUGGUGAACAAGUGGACCACAUUUCUGAAGGCUCGGCUGGUAUGUUCGGUUCUAGAGGAGGACGGUACAGAGACCCACUUUGAUGAGCUCGAGAAUGUGUUUUUAUUGGAGAUGGACCACCCAAAGGGCCUCCUCAUCUUUGGAGUUUUCACCUCUACAAGUUCUGUGUUCAGAGGUUCUGCUGUCUGUGUGUACAACAUGGCUGACAUCCUGACGGUCUUCAACGGACCGUUUGCGCACAGGGAAGGACCCAACUUCCAGUGGGUGACUUUCCAGGGCCGGAUCCCAUACCCACGACCGGGAACUUGUCCUGGUGGUGCGUUCACCCCUCAUAUCCAGAGUACUAAAGAGUUUCCAGAUGAUGUGGUGACAUUCGUGAGGAAUCACCCCAUCAUGUUUAACCCCAUCUACCCAGUCGGCAGGAAACCUCUGGUGGUGCGGACACAUGCCGAUUACAAAUACACCUCUAUAGCUGUGGACCAGGUCACUGCUGCGGACGGACACUACCAGGUUCUAUUCCUGGGCACAGAUAAAGGCACGGUACAGAAAGUCGUGGUUCUGCCGUCAAACGGAUCUCUGGAUGAGGAUCUAAUCCUUGAGGAGCUGGAAGUGUUUAAGAAGCAAUCUCCUAUCACCAACCUAAGAAUCUCAUCUAAAAAGCAACAGCUGUAUGUUAGCUCUGAGCACGGAGUUUCCCAGGUGUCUUUGCACCGCUGCAUGGCAUACGGCUCUGCCUGUGCGGAUUGCUGUUUAGCGCGGGACCCGUACUGCGCCUGGGAUGGGCUCAGCUGUUCUCGAUUCUACCCCACUGGCAAGAGGAGAAGCAGAAGGCAGGAUAUUAUGCAUGGGAAUCCACUGACUCAGUGCAGAGGGUUCAAUCUAAAAGCCUACAGGAAUGCAGUGGAGAUGACUCAGUAUGGAGUCAAAAACAACACCACCUUCCUGGAGUGUCAGCCCAAAUCUCCACAGGCCUCUGUUAAAUGGCUCAUUCAGAGAGACAACGAUCGCAGGAAAGAGGUGAAGCUGAGCGAUCGUGUGGUGUCCACCAAUCACGGCUUGCUCAUCCGUUCAGUGCAUUCCUCGGAUCAGGGUGUGUAUUACUGCCUGGCCACAGAGAAUGGCUUCAAGCGCACACUUGCUAAAAUCCGUCUCCAGAUUCUGAGCGAAGCUCUGGUCAGCGCUCUGAGCAACAAUCAGUCUCCCUGGGGCUGGGCAGCCUCACUGCACCCUAAAGCCCUGGUGUCAGCCUUCAGCCCGGCUGAGACGUUGGCCAUGCACCAAUACUGCAAGGAACGCAAACAGAUGCAGAGUCUGCAGAACAUACAGAACCCCAUGAGAGGUGAUCUGGGCAAACUCAAACCCUUGCUGGACCACAGGAAGAGCAGGAACCGCCGAAACCACUUACGAGAGGAAUAGAGUCGAAACAUGAACAAAGGAAAUGGAUGGAGAGAUGACGAAAAGGAAAAAAAAGACAUGCAUCAGGAGAGAGCUUGAGUGGAAAAUAGAGGAGAACGCUGGAGAAGAUUCCUCUGUUAUGAACCUCAAUUGU